GUACCUGCCAGUCUGGCUUUUUCUGCUGAUCAGCCUAAACCUGUGGGCUGCCUGGGAUGACGCAAAGAAUCAAGGAGAAUUUUAAGGCUUCCCGUAUUUCAUCACUUAAAAGGCGUAAGUACCUUUGACAAGGUCUUUUCAAGGGGUCUGAAAAAAUGUGCCAAAGAUGACUUUCAAGAUGAAUUUAUCUGGCAAGUUCUAAGAAUUGAAAGAUGCCGUUCUGGGAACUGCGACGUCCAAAACAAGAGGUUCGAACAAGGGCGGUUCUUCGAACAAAGCAGGUGGAGGUCCUCUGGACUUCCAAACCAAAGACGGAGAAAUCCUAGAGUCGUCGCAGCUGGUACCGGGAGAUGUGGUUUAUUUGAGUAAAUCAGCCUUGCGAAGGGGGCUUCCGGCUGAUCUGGUGUUGGUGUCUGCGGAAGAUUCAGACUCAUCUACAGCUAUGGUCCCUACAGGAGCUAACUCUACAGGAGCUAUGGAUAUGGUCCUCCCCACAGGUGCUUCAAUUCCUGAC